AUGCGACGCCUCCGGACAAGUUUCAGCCGCCACUCGGCUGGAGAUGUGGGCGUCAGUAAUUUGGAGAAGGUGGCCUCCCUUCCCGUCCAGGCGGGAGAGCAAGGUGAAGGCAGUGGUGGGGAAGAAGUAGCGAAAGAACUGGCAGUAGCAGCGUCGGCAACGGAUAUGCCUCAUGAACUGCGUCGACAGAUGUACAAUGAGGCGCAUGCGUUCAAGCACUCUCCGCUUUUCACUCAGAAGGUCCGCAUGGAAAACAAGAUGGAUGAACACGAACUGCUACGUGUACAACUCGAGGCUUUGGACUACCAAGAGAAGCACGGAGUGUUGCUGACUGAAGGCGAUUUCUAUUACCGCUAUCCACAAUCCUUUGACCCCUCAGCAAGGCCGAAGCCAGACGGAGGGGAUGCAGAGCCUGAAUGGUCACCUCAUAGAGAGCCAACUGUUGCAGGUUCAGCCCUGCCAGCAGCGCAGCCCGCCGAAGGGCAGGCCGGCACUAUUUAUGGAGCGCAAGAAGGGGGUGAAACGCUCAGUCAGUGGCAGAGUUGGCUGCAGAGGCAGAGGAGACGCGGCUGGUAUACUUCGACAACUCUAGUCUAUUCAACGCUUUUUGGGGCUGUUGUGGGGGCCUCAAACUUUACCACUUACUGGCAACAGUUACAAAUCUGGCGCAGCUCUAUGUUUUUUCUACCAUACCUGCUUUUCCUGUUCACCGUUGGAUUGCCAACCCUUCAGCUAGAGCUUGUUCUUGGGAACCUCCUUCGUGGCGCUGCUAUCAAGCAAAACACGCAGCUGAACCGUUGGCUAGUAGGGCUAGGGCUUUUGCAGGUGUUGACAUCAAUAUCGUUUGUCAUCAUUACUGCUGUUUUGAGCGGUCAGUUGUUGGUUUACUUCGUCUCCAGUUUUUCACGUCCUCAACCUUGGCAGGUCACAGUCAGCGACAUGGAACUCUGUAACGGUUUCCAUGGAAACAAAGCGGAUUGCAACGCAGCAGGCCAUGGGGUUCUCUGCUCUUAUGUCCCGGCCACCGAAGUCUGCAUUGCCUCUCCCACGGGCAAGGCGACGUUGCACUAUUUAGAGGAAUUGCAGCCAGCAACGAUUAACACAAGCCUGGAUCCUGAUGCGCUGCGACCCAAAGCGCUGGCGGCUUUGGCAUUUGUAUGGCUGUACAUCCUGGGAUACAUGUGGAGGGGAUUGUUCAAGGCGGGAUUCCCUUCUGCACUGUUGAUGAUCGUAGCCAUUGUCCUUUGCGCCACAUUGGCCGUUGUAUCGUUUAUUGUUGGGACUGACGGCAGCGUGCAUGUUGCAUCGGCCAUUUCGGCGACUUUCGACUGGCGGCCGCUGAUCCAAGGGUUCUUUAAUGCAGCAUAUUCUGCUUCGCUUGUUCGUUACAUAUGCCAGGAUCUCUGUUUGGGCUGCUGCAUUCUAGGCACAGUCUCGAGUUAUACAAAGAUUGGCUUCAACACAUACCCAAGUGGUGUAUUCACGUGCAUUGUGGAGUUCCUCAUGGCACUGGUUCCCUUUGUAUCCCUUCUGUCGAUUGUCGGAAACCUUCAAGCAGUUACCGACAUUCCCCUUGCCGACAUCAUAAGGAAAACAGGCACAGCCCCCGCUUACUUCGUCGUUUUUCCUGCUGCCUUUGAAAAAGUGUCUUCUCCCUACCUUUUCGGCCUAUUCUUCUACGGAGGCGUUUUCUUAAUAAAUACGCAAGUUGCGGCUAUUGCAAUUCAUUCCGUCUUCAACGCCGUUCUGGAAUCUCGCCUAAUCAACCAUUCGUGGCGAAGGCUCACGAGCACGGUGAUUGUGAUCAUAUGCUAUUGUAUCUCUCUCCCAUUUUGUGCAAACAACCAACAAGUUAGGCUUGAGUAUGCUUGUUAUAUCAUAGAGUGGCUGCUGGUUCCGAUGUCUGUUUUCUGCACAACUUUCUAUGUGGGAUGGGUGAUGGGCUUCCAGCGACAAGCAAGGAUUGUGGGUCUUAAAGCCUGCAUUCUUUUCGGGGGGCUAUGCUUCAUUGUAGGAGCCUGCUACAUCAUUGCAGUAUUCUGUUGCCAAGAUGGCAUCUUUCUACCGAUCUGGGUGAUGGUAUUCAUCAACGCUCUAAUUGCCGUCGGUGUGGCCUUAUUUAUAAGGGACCCAGACGCACAGGCGAAAACAUUCAAGGAGCGCUUCCUGGCGUUGUAUUUGGGUGGAGUGCGAGAUCUGUGCAACGAAAUCUCGCGAGUCACUCUAUUUUUCCCGCAACACAACAUGGCUGGCACCUCCGUCAUUGGUAUCCUCCCCACGCUAUUUUGUGGCUGUUUGACGAGGCCGUUCUUUAUCUUCCGCCCGUCAACGUACUGGUGUGUAUGCAUCAAGCACUUGGUACCUUUUGUCAUGCUUGUGUCGAUUUCUGACGCAUCGCACCGUUUUGACUUGCAGUGGGACUCGAUGAAGCGGUCUCCCGGUAUGAGGAAUUUGGGUGCAGCUCUGCUGGCGAUGGCAGCUGCUUUCCUCCUACUGACGCCACUUAUUCCGAAGGUCCGCGACUGGGUGAGGCCGGUGUCAGAGGACUACAUGUCUACUCUAGCAUUUCCAAGCCACCCGUUUGUGCCCUGGCGCCGAAUGUCUCUAUUCACACUGAUGCCCGCACUAUUUCGCGAACACUUGGCGCGCUCAAAAGAGCCAUCGGCAAGCGUCAAGAGCCUCGUGCUCGAAUACAAGAAACAAAGGCUGCCAUAUAUGACGUCUUUCCCUCCUGAAGGCGGAGUAGGCCCCUCGGAAGCGGAGGGUGUUUCGCAGCAGCCGAGGCGCCUUGAUCGGAGCUUGGAUCUCCAAUCUAGGCUGCCGCAGAGCCAGCAGAUGUCCUUCAUCAGUAGAGCGUCGGACGACAGUGAGGCGGCUCCGCACAGAGUGCAUACUUCGUAG